UUCCAACAUCGAAACAGAGGUCAGAUCAAAUCGGCACAAUACGUCUCAGACAGUUGUGCCCAAAAUGAGGGAGUCCACUGUCAACGACCAUUUAAAAAUUGAGACCACUGAUCGUGUUUUCAGCAUGUCAUGGAGUGCCAGAAAUGGCAAAGCAUCCUCAGCGCCGGGAACAUACAACCAAUCUGAAGGACCAACUAGGUGGCCUCAAAUUCGAAAGGAGCGUACCUGGUGACAAAAGAUUGGCGAGGGUGGUGAGUGUGGCUCGCUCCAGGACGUUUCGGGAGCACCAGGGUAAGAUCCUGCUGGAGGGGAGACAUCUGAUCUGCAAUGCACUGGCUGCUGGUGCCAACCCCCAGAUGGUGUUCUUCAGUUCUGUGGACACACUUUGUGAGCUCCCCUUGGACAAACUGAAGAGGGCCACUCUGGUUAAAGUCAAGUUUGAGGACAUCAAGAUCUGGUCUGACCUAGUAGCGCCAAAGGGAGUGAUAGCCAUAUUUUCUCAGCCAGACCCAUCCCAGCUGACAUUCCCUCAGGACCAGCGUGGUCAGUCUGUGCCACUGUCCCUGAUCUGUGACAACGUGCAGGACCCGGGCACCAUCCUGCACUGUGCUGUCGCUGCAGGCUGCCACAAUGUCCUGCUCACCAAGGGCUGUGUGGAUGCUUGGGAACCUAAGGUGCUGCGAGCAGCGAUGGGUGCCCAUUUCCGCCUCGUCUUCCCCAGCUUGGACUGGGACGACAUUCAAAACCAGCUGCCAAAGUCUGUGACUGUCCAGGUGGCAGACAACUGCAGCAGCUAUGAGAGAGAAAUAGCUGAGAACAUGGAAGCAAACCAGUCCAACAAACCUUCAAAGGCAGGGGACUUUGGAUGGGUGAGUAGCAGGCCUAAUUGUAAAGACAUGCACUAUGAGGAAUAUCAAUCAGAUUCCAAACUGUCACUUCCAAGAGCGGAGACCAAGUUGUACCAUGAAGGCUGGGCUGGGAACACAGGCCUUGUGAUUGGUGGAGAGACUCAUGGACUGAGUCUGGAAGCCGUACAAUUGGCUGAGAGAACUGCCAGUCAAAGACUGUUCAUCCCUGUGGUCCCUGGAGUGGACAGCAACUCAGCCAUGGCAGCCAGCAUUCUCCUAUUUGAAGGCAGAAGGCAACUGUUGAACCUAAUGGAGACGUCUGGGAGGAAAGAUAAGUCUAAGGUGCAAUUUCCAUGAUCCAUCCAUUGGAAUCCAUUUUGAGUGUAAUGGAUAUGUUAUUCCUGGUGUUGGUCACUUUUUCCAUGCAUACAUUCUUGACUCCACGACACCACUUCACUGUACCUCAUGUCAGACUGACUCAUAUGGAUGGAUUUAAUUUCCAUAUUCAAAUCGGCUAAUAAAAGUGAAAUAAAAUCAGCGUUUGGCUGAAAAUGACAAUUUC